ACAUACAUACAUUCAUUCAUAUACAUACACUUCACGCACAACCCAUCAAAAUUCUUGAACAAAAUAUUCCAAAGUUUUCACCUUUUUAUCUGUAUCCAUCUAUUAUUAUUAUUAUUAUUUUUCAAGAACAAUGAGAGGUGUAAAUAAUACAAUUGAUACAAUUAACGCCGCUGCAUCAGCUAUUGCAUCUGCUGAAAAUAGACAACCCCAUCAAUCUUCUUUAAAUCAGAAACGAAGAUGGGGAGGCUUUUGGAGUAUUUCUUCAUGUUUUGGAUCUCAGAAGCAAAAUAAGAAAAUCGGGCAUGCUGUUUUUGUUCCUGAACCUAGUUCAUCAAGAAUCGAUGCUCAGACAAUUCAAAACUCGACUCAAUCAACUACUGUGGUGCUUCCUUUCAUUGCUCCUCCAUCUUCACCUGCAUCUUUCUUUCAAUCAGGACCACCAUCUGUCGCCCAAUCGCCUAGUGGCUUACUAUCAUUUACAGCUGCAUCAUCCGGGAUGUAUUCACCUAGUGACCCGACUAACAUGUUUGCUGUGGGGCCUUAUGCUAAUGAAACACAGUUGGUUUCACCACCAGUGUUCUCAACAUAUACCACCGAGCCAUCAACUGCACCAUACACACCUCCUCCAGAAUCGGUUCAUUUGACUACACCGUCAUCACCUGAGGUGCCAUUCGCUCGUUUUCUUGGUUUGGCUAGCCAAAAUAGUGAAGUUGAUCGAAAAUUUUCACCAUCACACCAAGAGUUCCAGAUGUAUCAUCUGUAUCCUGGAAGCCCAAUGGGACAACUCAUAUCACCCGGAUCAGGUGUCACCAAUUCGGGCACCUCCUCUCCGUAUGGAGAUAUCACUUAUGGCGUCCCCCCCUUCCUUCACAACCCAACAGGUGCAAAGCUCUGGCCGACGGGCUGGAAAUCACAACAAGAAUCCAGGGCAACGACGCCUGAUCCUUCCGGGCACGGGUCAGUUCUCGACCGUCAGCACUCCGACGUGGGUCCGCUCACCCAUUUUCCGAAUGACGAUCAGCAUAUGGUUAAUCAUAGAGUGUCGUUUGAGAUUACACCGGAAGAAGUUGUUAGAUGUGUCGAACGGAGACUUACUGCUGAUGCGGCAAACGUGAGAGACAGUAGUCCUGAUGAUGCGGCAAAGCGUCAUAGAUCAACAGCCACCUUUGGAUCCGCUAAAGAGUUCAACUUUGGCAGUACUGAUGGGGCAGAGUUGACUUGGUGGACCAGUGAUGAGAAGGUUCUUAGCAAAGAAAACGGGCCCGGGUCUGAGCCUGUUCCCAAUAAGAACUGGGCUUUCUUUCCUAUGAUACAGCCUAGUGUCAGCUAACUAUUCAGUAAAUCCGGAAAUAUUCUAAUCCAAAACACUUAGCAGGUCAGAUUAAAGUAAAGAUUAUUCUUCUACAAAGGUUGGCUAGUUGCAUAUAAUUAUGGGGCAUAUUGUUUGUUGUUUUUAGAUAUAAUAAGUUUAUGUACAAUUUAUGGUAAUCAUUUCAAGAUUAAUCAUACAAAUACAUAUAUUUAUGUCUCA